AAACCCAGUCAGACCUGACCGGGGCUUGCUCGCUCCCCUGCGCGCUCACGCACGCCUGCACGCCUCCGCUGCCCCACUGCUUUCCUGGUGUUCCCCAGGGACCAUCAAACCCGUCCUGCCGGCGGGAGCCAGUGCCUGGGUCGGGCUCGCCCAGCUCUGUGCCGGGAGCCGUGGCUGUGUCCCGUGGGAGCCCUGGUAGCCAGCAGUAGGAGGGUGAGCUUUGGCUGCUGUGGACCUUGUACGUUGUGCUUAGAGCGGCUGCUUCCUGUCUUCGCUGUCAGCUCCGUGGCUGGAUUCUGCCUCCAACACCCUUCUUCUUCAGCGUCGCCGGCCGGGGCGGGAGCUGGGGCCGUGUUUCAGGUCCUAUGUCGACCUCCCCUGUGCUGGGAAGUAGGAGGGUUUGGCGGCUCGCCCCGUCCCGGGGAGCUGGGGAGCCUGUCCUGAGGAUCGGCUGUGCCAGCCCGGCGGCAGCGGGCUGGGCAGCUGCCCUCGCUGGGGGAGCGGGAAGAUGAGCGGAGGCACGGCCCAUCUUCUGACGGCUCUCUUCGUGGCGACGGUGGUGAUGGGCUACCCAUCACGGCGGUCUGCCACCGACCUGGAUGCCACCCCCAGGACGACGAUCACCUUUGACGACCUGUUGGGUGUCCGGCGCUUCAGCGCGCACACCCUCAACUACAGCACCCUGCUGCUGGAGGACGACCGGGGCAUCCUCUACGUGGGCGCCAGGGGAGCCAUCUUCGCCCUCAACUCCAGUGACGUGGCCGACGGCUCCCACCGCACGAUCCGCUGGGAUGCCUCCCCGGAGACGCAGAUGGACUGCCUGCAGAAAGGCAAAAACAACAAGACUGAGUGCUUCAACCACGUGCGGUUUCUGCAGAGGCUGAACAGCACCCACCUCUAUGCCUGCGGGACCUACGCCUUCCACCCGCUCUGUGCUACCAUUGAUGCUGACAGGUUCACGUUGCCGUCCCACUUUGAGGAAGGAAAGGAGAAGUGCCCGUAUGACCCUGCCCGUGGCUACACCGGCCUCAUCGUGGAUGGUGGCUUGUACACGGCCACACGCUAUGAGUUUCGGAGCCUCCCCGACAUCCGGAGGAACCUGCACCAGCGGCCGCUGAAGAUGGAGGAGUCCCCGCUGCACUGGCUGAACGAUGCUGAGUUUGUGGCCUCCAUGCUGGUCCAGGAGAGCAAGGACAGCCCUGUGGGCGACGACGACAAAAUCUACUACUUCUUCACGGAGCGGGCAGGCGAGGAGACCACAUCGUUCUUCGACAAGAGCCAGGUGGCCCGAGUGGCCCGGGUGGCCCGUGUCUGCAAGAGUGAUGUGGGGGGGAAGAAGAUCCUGCAGCGCAAGUGGACAUCCUUCAUGAAGGCACGCCUGGUCUGCUACAUCCCCUACUAUGAGGUGCUGCGCAGCGUUUGCAGCCUGGAUGGGGGCAGCUGGGCCAACACCGUCUUCUACGCCACCUUCACCCUCUCAGCACAGUGGAGGACCAUGGAGGCCUCGGCCGUGUGCCGCUACAGCAUCUCAGCGGUGCAGCGCGCCUUCGAGGGCCCCUACAUGGAGUACCAGGACUCGGCUCGCAAGUGGUCCCGCUACGACGGUGCGGUGCCUGAGCCCCGACCCGGCUCCUGCAUCACCGACCGCUCCCGCAGGAAGGGCUACAACUCCUCACAGGACCUGCCCAACAGCGUCCUCGACUUCAUCAAGCUGCACCCACUCAUGUUUGAGGAGGUGAAGCCGGCCGGCGGGGAGCCGCUGCUAGUGAAGAAGAGUGUGGCGUACAGCCGGCUGGCCGUGGACAGGGUGCGGGCCCUCGAUGGCCGCUCCUACGAUGUGCUCUUCAUGGGGACGGGGGAUGGCUGGAUCCACAAGGCCGUGGUGGUGGGCUCCAGCAUCCACAUCGUGGAGGAGGUGCAGGUGUUCAGGGAUCCACAGCCCGUGGAGAGCCUGGUGAUCUCCCACACCCAGAGGAGCCUGUAUGUGGGGGCAGCCAGCGGGAUCCUGCAGAUGCCCCUGGCCUCCUGCGCCAGGUACGCCUCCUGCUACGACUGCAUCCUCGCCCGGGACCCCUACUGCGCCUGGGACGGCAGGGCCUGCCGCGCCACUGCCACCGCGGCGGACAGCACAGGGCUGGUGCAGGACAUUCCGAAUGGCAACGAGGGAUGCCGGAGCAGCUUUGGGCGUGUACGUGUCCCUGCAGGCUCCCUGCCGUGGAAGAACCGGACGGUGCUGCAGGGGGAUGACGUGCUGCUGCCCUGCGACCAGCGCUCCAACCUGGCGCGAGCCAUCUGGCUGCUGAACGGCAGCGAGGUGCCGGGCGCGGGGCAGGACCGGCUGCGCGUGGGGGUGGAUGGGCUGCUGGUGACGGACACACUGCCGCAGCACAGCGGCGAGUACCGCUGCUACGGGGAGGAGCGGGGUCUCCGGACGCUGCUGGCCGCCUACAGCCUCACUGUGCUGCCCGAGCUGCCCCGCAGCUCCACAGCCUCCCCCCAGCCCCACACUGCCAGCCAGGUGGCCGGCGACAUGAAGGUGGCUUACGUCUCUGUCAUCGUCGCCUUGGUGGUGCUGUGCGCUGUGCUCAGCGCUGUCCUCCUCUACGUGUCCUGCCUGGAGAAGCGCAAGGGCAAGUAUGUCCUGGGGCAGCCGCGGCCAGCCAGCGUGGAGCUGCAGACUGUCUCGGCCAACUGCCUGCGCAAGGGCCACCGGGAGGAGGAGGAGGAGGAGGAGGAGGAGGAAGAGCUCGCCUACCCCGAUGGCUGCCUGCGGAUCAUCCCCGGCGAGGCGCCCACGGCUGCCACCUCCCCAGUCAAGGAGCUGCCAGCUGCCGUGCCCCCGCUGCCGCCGCCACCACCACUGCCGACCGAGCUCACCAACGGCGUGGGGUCUCUGCCCAACGUCCUCCGCAAGAUGAACGGCAACAGCUACAUGCUGCUGCAGCAGCAGGAGGAGCCGCUGGCCUCGCCACUCUACAGCGCGUCCUUCACCGAGGAGCUCAGCAAGAUCCUGGAGAAGCGGAAACACACGCAGCUGGUGGAGAAGCUGGACGAGAGCUCCGUGUAGGGGCCGGGAGGGGGGUCCUGCCAGCGGGACCCUCCUCCCCUCUGGCCCCUUCUCCUGCCCCCUGCCAGCAGUGUUACAAGACUCAGGCAAAACUACCUCCUGGAUGGCAGAGCUGGGCCGGGCCCAGGCUUGGCCGUUCCUUUGGCUUUUCACUCACUUUUGAGACUCGCUGUACAGAAAAAGAGAAAAGAAAAAGAAUCUAUUUAAAUUUGGGAGCUCUAUUUAUGUAUGAAAA